CGAGUACGCGGACCAAUUCCCCGGGGGCGAGGUGGAGUGGUCCGCGUGGAGCUCAAACGUCCCGUGGACAGCGGCGACCAAGGAGGCGGUCCGGCUGGCCGGCGGCGCGAAGGCUCCCUCGGUGACGCGCUGUGGCCACCACGGCGUGCUUCUGGGCGGCUACCUCACGCUCGGCGGCGGUGUCCAGAUCGAGCGCAUCUACGGCACCGCGGCGAUGCUGCCAGCACACGCUGCCGUCAGGCUGGAGCUCACGUUUGUGAAGAUCGACUCCUGGGACUACGAGAGCGCCUCGCUGUACCUCGACGGCCGGCAGGCGUGGACGCGGGAGUUCGGCCCGUGGGAGGGAGAGAACGCGUGCGGCCAUCCGUCCUUCGACGAGGUUGCCGUUGAGAUCGACGUGACGAUCCCGCACGAGGAGCCCUCCCUCACCGUCCUGCUCAACACCACCCUCUCGCACGGAGCACGCAAAGGCGACGAGUCGUGGGGCAUCAAGGAUGUGCGGCUGAGCUUGCGGCACUUCUCCCCCCCCACGCCGCCGCCACCCUCACUGCCUCCCUUGCCGCCGCCGCCCUUGCCGCCGCCGCCGCCUCCGCCGCCCUCACCGCCCUCACCGCCGUUGCCGCCGCCGCCCUUGUCGCCGCCGCCUCCUCCUCCACCGCCCUCCCCCCCUCCGCCUUCCCCACCGCCUCCCUCACCACCGCCGCCCUCAUUUCCGCCGUCGCUGCCGCCUGCGCCCCCAAACACGCCGCCGCCCUCGCCUCCGCCGCCGCCGCCGCCGCCGCUCUCCCCGCCGCACCCGCCAGUGCCGCCGCUUGCCCCUGGCCACUACAUGGCCCUGGCGGUCGACGGCUGCCCCAAAUCCACCGACCACACGAAUCAUCGCGCGAUGUGCUUGCGUGCAGAGGAGGGGAUGAACGCGCGCCACGCCGCGAUCCAGUGCUGCCACUACGGAGGGGGCUGCGCGGGCUCCGUCUGCUACCCCCCCCCGGGGGCGUUGCACGGCACGCACGGCUCGCGCAUGCCGGUGACGGACGUCCACAACCCGGGCGCUGCGACGCUGCGCCACGCGGCGCUCGAGUGCGGCACGCGCGGCGCGCGACUCUGCACCGCGCACGAGCUCUACAUGGGGACCUGCUGCGGCGGCGGCUGCGGCUACGACUCGCUCUUUGCUUGGUCUUCGACGUCCUGCACCGACCCGCCGCCCGCGCCGCCUCCCUUGCCCCCCCCGCCACCGCCUUCGCCGCAUGCACCGCCGCCGCCCCGGCCACCGCCGCCGGCGCCACCCGCACCGCCUCCGCACAGACCGCCCGCGCCGCCGCUACCGCCUCCUGGCCCUCCCUCACCGCCGCC